AUGAACAAGGGCAAUCCUUCACCCAAACACAAGACGCCUGGGGCUGUGCCUGUUGCAGUUAAGCCAAGUGUAUAUGACCGACUAGCAGGAGCGGGCGGCGGGGCCGCAUUGGCCGGAGCAAGCGUACUUCCAAGUCCCAUCAAUUCUGUAACCAACUCGUCUGGAACCGCGUUUUUCGGAUUGGCACAAUUUGUCUCUUAUCUUUGGGAGCCUCGGGCCUACUUCUCACCCUGUCGCCUCUGCGUCAUGUCUUAUCUCGCCCGAAUUCGGCCUAGCGAAUCGGGUGCAUACUCUUCUGUGCGCGCUAUGCUGCGAUGUGCCUCGGCAUAA